AGUUCCAUCGUAAAACUCAGCACAGCGGCGAAAGACCGAGCAGAAGAACGAGCGACAUUUAGUGCCCGAGAAAUAUUUUUUGGGGCCGCGGAAAACACCCCUCAAAUUUGUGCGUGGAGUAUUUUUGUUUACGGAGCUGAUAUAAAUUAAAACCAGCCGGACAGCGCACACAGAAUCCCUCAACUCUGGGUAAGAAGCUAGCGGCGAGCUAACAGGGUUGUCCCCUUUUCCCUGCCAGCCGGGGAAAGAACAGUCCCGUUGAAAUGGAGACGCUGCACCCCCACUGCCUUAAAUGCAUCAACAGGAGAUGCAUGGCGAGACCAGAGGCGGGCCUUUCCUGUGACCUGAUUGGCUGCCCGCUGGUGUGUGGCGCCGUCUUCCAUGCCUGCAAGCUCCCGGAGCACCGCCUGCUUUGCCCGUAUGAGCGCCUGCCGUGCCUCAACAGCGGCUUCGGCUGCCCCUUCAGCGUGGCCAGGAUCAAGAUGGCACAGCACCUGGAGACGUGCCCCGCCAGCAUCGUGUGCUGCACCAUGGAGUGGAACCGCUGGCCCGUCAGCUAUGCCGACCGCAAGUCCUACGAGAACCUGAGCAAAGACUUUGACGAGGUGGAGCAGCUGGACAUGGCGCUGGCCCUGCAGGACCAGAGGAUGCUCCUGGAGUCCCUCAAGGUCACCACCACCGUGUCCAAGAACAGCGACAAGGAGGCAGACGACAAGAUGGCCACAAUGCCGAGCGAGACGGCCAACGGGUCGGUGGAGAUGGAGGAGGAGCCUUACGGUGACUUGUACCGGGCCUCGGUGGAGACGAGUCGAAGCUUAGUGGCGGCCUUGGACAUUCUCGCUAACUCUAAGGACGUUGACGUCCUUGUGGGCAAUUUGAACGGAGACAGAGCUGAUGGGGAGAAUGGCGGCUGUCACGCUGAUGAUGUCACAGCCGGGGGAAAGAAUGUGGACAUGCGAGACAGUGACUCUGAUUCAGAGUGUGAGCUGGGGGCGGUGGGCGGGGUGGACUGCGCGGUGGGCACGGACGGAGAUGAGGAUGUCCUCACCUGGCCGGAGGAGGAGGACUUUGUGGAGAUCUUCUUUGACGAGAAGGAGGAUGUCAUUGAAGACCCAGUGGAGGACUCCCGCCCGGUGUGGCCGGAGGUGCCUCAGAAUUACAUGCCUGUGGUUGCGCUGGAGCCCGAAGCCCAACCGCUGUCCCGGCCCGUGCCCUUCUUGCUGUCGGACAACGUGAGGAACAACUUUUUGCACCAGCUGCCCACCGAGCUCAGGUAUCGCUGCCUGGAGCGCAAGCUGCAGAGCGUGGAGGUGCUCCGUGGCAUCAGCAUGUUCACCUUCAACGGCCGCCGGGCUCUGCUGUCGGACCCGUACUUGUUCAGAGCCAAGAUGGAGGACAAGGCGGUGGACACGUCCGACCUGGAGGUUGCCGACGACCCCAUGGGCCUGCACGGCAUCGACCUCAUCACCGCCGCCUUGCUCUUCUGCCUGGGCGACUCCCCGGGGGGGCGCGGCAUCUCCGACAGCAGGUUUGUGGAUGGGUACCACAUCGACUUUGGCACGCAGACCUUCUCCUACCCCUCGGCCAUCCUGGCCACCAACACUAUGGUGGGGGACAUCGCAUCGGCGUCGGCGUGCGACCACGCCAGUCCGCAGCUGUCCAACCCCAGCCCCUUCCACACGCUCCGGCUGGACCUGGUGCUGGAAUGUGUGGCCCGCUACCAAACCAAGCAGCGCUGCAUGUUCACCUUCGUGUGCGGCCAGCUGUUUCGACGCGAUGAGUUUUCCUCUCAUUUCAAGAACGUCCACGGGGACAUCCACGCCGGGCUCAACGGCUGGAUGGAGCAACGCUGCCCUCUAGCCUACUACGGCUGCACCUACUCCCAAAGACGCUUCUGCCCGUCCGUGCAAGGCUUUCGGAUCAUCCACGACAGGCACCUGGGCUCUUUUGGGGUUCAGCCGGGUCUGCCCCUAAAAAGCGGCGACAAGCUGCCGAGGAGCGCCCGCCGCUUAGGAGCUCAUUGCGACCAGUUCAGCAGCCUCCCGUUUGAGGUGCUGCAGCACGUGGCUAGUUUCCUGGACAGCUUCAGCCUGUGUCAGCUCUCCAGGGUGUCCCGCACUAUGAGGGACGUCUGUGCCAGCCUGCUGCAGAUGCGAGGCAUGGUGGUCCUGCUGUGGGAGAAGAAACGGCGGGAAGAUGGGUCACCGUCAUGGCAGAUCACGGACAAGGUGUGGCGCUUCAGCACUGCGUUCGGCACGGUCAACGAGUGGAAGUUUGCCAACAUCACCAGCAUGGCCGACCACCUGAAGACGUGCAAGUUCAACACGGUGGCGCGGCGCGAGGAGGCUAUCCCGCUACCCUGCAUGUGCUUCACCCGGGAGCUCACCAAGGAGGGCAGGUGUUUACGCUCGGUCCUCAAGCCCGUGGCCUAAGUGAUGCUCCACGCUAUGAUAAGAAGAAGAAUAACAAUAAUGUGUUAUGCUACAGUGUUUACAGAAAUACCACCUGAUAUUCUUCGAAGCGAUGCUGCAACCCGACCGGUUGAACCAAACCACUGUUGUGUACAUAAUCACUGAUGAGUAUUUUUUCUACUCCAGAAAGUAGUACUGGGCUAUGGUGCUGACAAUACGCUCCUGAACGACAUCUUCAGACCGCAAGGGGAAUGAAGAGACCAGUGGAACCCGCUAAAGACAGUCCCGUAAGGUUAGCGCAUAUAGUAUGGUAUGAAAAUAUGUACAAAAACUCACAGGUACAUGUGCAAGCAGUCGCUAGCUUAGGGUUACUGGCAGCCAGUAACCCUAGGGGGGUGUCGACUGAAAACGGGUUCCACUGUGUUGAAGUGUUUGCGCUGGUGGAUUGUGAAGUGGAGCAUCAAAGUGCAAAACGAUAGGCACAAAUAGACGCCAGGAAGUGCAAGUCCAUUUCAGCUUCAGACAGGCAUAGGGUUAGUUUAAGAUGACACACCACACUCAUCGCCUCUUUCUGUCUUUACGUCUCAAUUAGAGAUGUCCCGAUCCACAUUGUUUGCCUUCUGAUUUGAUUUCCUUAUUUUAUAGUCUUGCCGAUACGGUAACGAUAUUUUUUUUUUCUUUUUCCUUCCAUCCAUUUUCUGUGCCGCUUCUCCUCAUUAGGGUCACGGGGGUAUGCUGGAGCCUAUCCCAGCUGACUUCGGCUGACAGGCGGGGUACACCCUGGACUGGUGUCCAGCCAAUGGCAGGGCACAUAUAGAGAAACACUCACAUUCAUACCUAUGGACCAUUUAGAGUCUCCAAAGAAGCUAACAUGCAUGUUUUUGGAAUGUGGGAGGAAACCGGAGUACCCAGAAAACCCACACACACACGGGGAGAACAUGCAAACUCCACACAGAAAUGCCCAACGGAGAAUCCAACCCAGAUGUUCCAGGUCUCCUGACUGUGAGGCCAACAUGCACCGGAACCCUAACCCUUUUUUUUAUCAUAAUCUUUUGCUCCAAACAUGCAUGCGUGGAAUUGAAUCUGCUUAUAAAAAUAGCUCAUCAAAGCAUUCAAAAUGAUACAAGCAAGGUAUUGCUGAAUGUACUUUUUGAUUCCACAACAUGACCAACAAUAUUGUUUGGCUUUUGGAACAAACCUCUGUGAAUCAGCUCCCUAAUCCAAUAAAAGAGCCAAUUGGAAAAAAUGGGCGUGCAAAAUACUUUUAGGGUAGGCCUUAUCAUUUGACACGAUUAUAGAUCCAUUUGUGUAUACUAUAUGACUUUUUUUUUUUUAUUUUUAUUUUUUUUUUUU